UUAUUCAUCACUUUGAUUCAUUAUGAGCAGAGGCUUGAGGUGAUGGAGUUCUCGGGGCUGAAAUCAAGUUCAUGUGUUACCCAUGCCAUUAAUGCUAGAGAUUCUUCCUUCUUUGAUGUUGUGGCUUCUCAACUCACUCCCAAGGUUCAUUUCUUAAUCAACCAUUUGAGCUUUUUAUUUAAGCAAUUUUUUUUUCUUUCCGUUUUUUUUUUUUAAAUAUUGUGAGUUGAAAGUAGACAACGGGAUAAAGGCCUGUGAGGGGAGAGACAAUGGCCAAGUUGAAGGUAGCUAUCAAUGGCUUUGGAUGCAUCGGUAGAAACUUCUUGCGCUGCUGGCACGGUCGCAAGGACUCACCCCUUGAUGUGGUUGUUGUGAAUGACAGCGGUGGUGUCAAGAAUGCCUCACACUUGCUUAAAUAUGAUUCUAUGCUGGGAACUUUCAAAGCAGAUGUGAAAAUAGUGGAUGACCAAACCAUUUUCGUGGAUGGUAAGCCCAUUAAGGUUGUCUCAAACAGGGAUCCUCUUAAACUUCCUUGGGCUGAGCUUGGAGUUGACAUUGUUAUUGAGGGAACUGGAGCAUUUGUGGAUGGGCCUGGUGCUGGAAAACACAUCCAAGCCGGUGCCAAGAAAGUCAUCAUCACUGCUCCUGCUAAGGGUGCUGAUAUUCCAACCUACGUCCUCGGAGUCAACGAACAAGACUACGGCCAUGAAGUUGCCAACAUUAUAAGGUCCUCAGAAUGGACCAUUUUGGAUAUAUUCUAUGAUGGAACAUCCUCUGCCAACUUGAUGGGCUUGGAUUCAACUUCCUCAAGCGUUGUACCACUCCUCAAGGUGAUUGCAAUGAUGCUACCCUUUGGGUUUGGGAGAGGUUGGGAAGGAAGGUUGGAUAAGUUAGAUGCUUGUUGGUAUUGUUGUGAUAUUGAGAAGAAGGUUGGUUAUUAUUGUGGUAAUGAGAAGAUGAGUUACCUUGGUUCCAUCUUUGAUUGUAGUUGCUUCCUGGGCAUUGUCCCUCCACCCUUGACUGGAACUAUUACCAUGAGAGUAAUUGUUUUUGCCUUGAGAUUGAUAAGGUAG